UCUAGGGCGGAAGGAAGGCGGGCACGCUACUACCCUAUCGCAACAGGUGCGCAGGCGCGCCAGUGAGGGAAAGUGUGCCUACCCUAUGCCUAAUAUUGACGGAGGGGUUGUGUAUUCAGCAGCGUCCGCGUUUGGCUUAGCAUGAUGUGGGGUUGUAGUGAGAAUGAGAAUUACUAGUGAUGAGCUCGGUUGGUGAAGGGAAAGUGGUGGAGUCAAGGGUCGGGGGAGAAGGGUUGACUUGGGGUCGUGUGUAGCCGCGGAUCUGUGGCCCCCUUGUAUGACAGGUCAGAUCAGAUUGUGAAGAACGAGAGGUGACAGGUGACAUCUCCCGCAGUGUUCGUGUUGAAGGGGAGCGGAGAGGAGCGGAGCGGAGCGGAACUGCCUAACACGUUGGCUGGUGGGCAUUUGCUUCCAGUUGAUUCGAUUAGAGGGAUGAUGAGUGAUCGAGCUGUUGGCGUGGCACUUCUCUUAUUCAGCGUGCUCACGUUCUCCUACUACACUUUCUGGGUGAUAAUUCUGGCGUAAAUGACGUCGCCGCUGCCGUGGAGUUCCGCGCUCCUCUGAGGAUCCAUCGUCUCCCGCGUUCACGGGCGGUGCGCCACCCAGCUCCCCUCCCCUCUCGCCGCCGGGGUUCUCAUUUCUGCGCGUGCACGUGCGCAGCCUGCGCGCCGCGCGGAUCUAUUCGUCAGCUCUGGUUCAACUCGGAUGAAUUGCGCCACCGCGUGUGCGCAUCUUUGUUUCUUGCCUGCUCACGGGCGCGCGCGCGCGUGGAAUGUUCUUCGUUUGACCUAGACGGCCAUGAUUUGAUCUUUUUCUGCGGGACUCCUUCCUCCCUGAUAUCAACGGGAGCUUCGGACCUCCUUCAGACAGCAGGGAACAGCAGGGAGGAGGCCCGCGGCGGCGUUAGGGGUCGUAUGCAUCGGCGGCCAUGAGUUGAUCUUUUCCUGGGAGACUCCUUCCUCCCUGACAUCAACGGGAGCUUCGGACCUCCUUCAGACAGCAGGGAGGAGGCCUGUGACUGCGUCGGGGAGAAGAGAGAGGCUGGCACGAAGGGGAAGACAACAACGUUCACGGGUUUUUUGUUUCUGAGGCCACGUGUGGAUUCUGUGAGACGACGCCACGUGUCAAUUCCUAAUUAAGAAGAAUACUGUUGUUGGUUGAGGCCACGUGUCAAGAUGAGCGGGCACGAUUCAAAGUACUUCACGACCACUAAGAAGGGUGAAAUUCAUGAGCUCAAAGAGGAGCUCAAUUCGCCGUACAAGGAUAAGCGGAAAGAUGCGGUGAAGAAGGUCAUUGCAGCUAUGACCGUCGGAAAGGACGUCUCGAUGCUUUUCACAGACGUGGUGAAUUGUAUGCAGACGGAGAAUCUGGAGUUGAAAAAGCUCGUGUAUCUUUACCUCAUCAAUUAUGCCAAGAGCCAGCCUGAUCUGGCAAUCCUUGCUGUCAAUACCUUCGUCAAAGACUCCCAGGAUCCUAAUCCUCUGAUCAGGGCAUUGGCGGUGAGGACAAUGGGGUGCAUCCGGGUGGACAAGAUAACGGAGUACCUGUGCGACCCCCUUCAGCGGUGCUUGAAAGACGACGACCCUUAUGUGCGGAAGACGGCGGCGAUCUGUGUGGCAAAGCUGUUCGACAUCAAUGCCGAGCUGGUCGAAGAUCGCGGGUUCCUUGACACGCUGAGGGAACUGAUCGCCGACAGCAACCCCAUGGUUGUGGCCAAUGCGGUGGCGGCUCUUGCGGAGAUUCAGGAGAACACGACGAAGAGCAUCUUCGAGAUCACGACCCAAACCCUUGCCAAGCUGCUGGCAGCAUUGAACGAGUGUACGGAGUGGGGGCAGGUGUUUAUCUUGGACGCUCUGUCGAUGUACAAAGCGAAGGAUGCGCGAGAAGCCGAGAACAUAGUGGAGCGUGUCACCCCGCGGCUGCAGCAUGCGAACUGCGCUGUGGUCCUUUCUGCGGUGAAGGUGAUCUUGCAGAACAUGGAGCUGAUUACCAGCACGGACGUGGUUCGAAACCUGAUGAAGAAGAUGGCUCCUCCUCUCGUGACUCUGCUGUCGUCUGAGCCCGAGAUUCAGUACGUGGCGCUCAGGAACAUCAACCUCAUUGUGCAGAAAAGGUUGAACAUUCUGGCGCACGAAAUCAAGGUGUUCUUUUGCAAGUACAAUGACCCGAUCUACGUGAAGAUGGAGAAGUUGGAGAUCAUGAUCAAGCUCGCAUCUGACCGGAAUAUCGACCAGGUGCUCUUGGAGUUCAAGGAGUACGCCACUGAGGUGGACGUGGAUUUCGUCAGGAAGGCUGUGCGCGCGAUCGGUCGCUGCGCCAUCAAGUUGGACCGCGCUGCAGAGCGGUGCAUCAAUGUUCUCCUGGAACUUAUCAAAAUCAAGGUCAACUACGUUGUCCAGGAAGCGAUUAUCGUCAUUAAGGAUAUAUUCAGGAAGUAUCCGAACACCUACGAGUCCAUCAUCGCCACUCUGUGCGAGAGUUUGGACACGCUGGAUGAGCCGGAAGCCAAGGCCUCCAUGAUCUGGAUCAUUGGUGAAUACGCAGAGCGAAUCGACAACGCUGAUGAACUGUUGGAGAACUUUCUUGAAAGUUUCCCUGAAGAGCCUCCUCAGGUUCAGCUCCAGCUCCUCACAGCCGCUGUGAAACUGUUCCUGAAGAAACCCAUUGAGAGAGCGCAGGAGAUGAUUCAGGUGGUCCUCAACAAUGCUACGCAGGAAACUGACAAUCCGGAUCUGAGAGACCGAGCCUACAUUUACUGGCGGUUGCUGUCGACCGACCCGGAGGCUGCCAAGGACGUUGUCCUAGCCGAGAAACCCGUUAUCAGUGAUGAUGCAAAUCAGUUGGAGCCGAAUUUGUUGGAUGAGCUGCUGGCGAACAUAUCGACGCUGUCGUCGGUGUACCACAAGCCGCCGGAUGCGUUCGUCAGCAGGACGAGGGUGGUUGUGCAACGGACAGAAGACGAAGAGGAGGAUACUGAAGCUGCAGGUCCGGGCGAGGUGUCGGCGCCUGUGCCGGAGCAUCUGCGGAUUGAGAGGGGUGUGGGAACUCCGGGAGGAUUGGUCGCUCAAGGUCAGCAUGGACAGACCGGUCCUUCGACGUCCCGAACACCUUCAGUGGCGUCGACUUCCGCGGCUCCACCUGCGGCGGUGUCUCCCCUCGGUGAUCUGCUUGGCGAUCUGAUGGGUCUGGAUGCGCCUGCCGUCGUCCCAGAAGAGCCCGCCAUGCCUGCCAAGCCGGUCUUGCUCACAGCGUCUGCUGGGCAGGGGCUUGAGAUCAGUGGGCAGCUCGUGAGGAGAGAGAGACAGGUUUAUUACGAUUUGACUUUUAAGAACAACAGCGGCCUUGUGCUGGAUGGGUUCAUGAUCCAGUUCAACAAGAACACAUUCGGCCUUCUUGCCGGGGCUCCGCUGCAACUCCCAGCUAUCGCUCCAGGCUCGUCCGCUUCCACGUUGCUCCCCAUGAACCUCUUCCAGAACCUCUCUCAAGGACCUCCCACUUCCCUUUUGCAAGUGGCGGUCAAGAAUCAGCAACAGCCGGUCUGGUACUUUGCUGACAAGGUUCCUCUACAUGCGCUUCUGCUUGAAGAGGGAAAGAUGGAGAGGUCCGCAUUCUUGGAGACCUGGAAAUCCCUCCCCGAUGCCAAUGAGGUGUCCAAAGAUCUCGCCAACGCUGUCAUCUCCAAUGUUGAUGCCCUGCUAGAAAAGCUACUGAACAACAAUAUCUUCUUCAUUGCCCGACGCCACCUGGCAGCCACAAACCAGGACGCUCUUUACCUCUCGUCCAAGAUCCCUCCGAAUACGCCACUCCUGGUGGAGCUGACUGCAGUAAUCGGUUUCCCGGGAGUCAAGUGUGCCUGCAAAACGGCCAUGCCGGAGAUGGCUCCUCUAUUCUUCGAGUCCAUGGAAGUGCUUCUGAAGCCCUGAUAGAUCAAUUCAUUGAUUGGUAACUGUUUGCUUAGCACCAACUUAAGAGUGAAAGGAGGGCUCUUUGGCUCCUUCUCCAGAGUGAGAACUGCUGUCCCUGUCAUGUGGAGGUUGGCUUCCAAGAACUAGCGACAGCUACAGUC